AUGACUGUAAAGCAGGUUCGUGAUGUUAUAAAAAGAGCAAAUCAACUACACACUAUAGAUUUACAUGGUCCUAAUACAGAUGUAUUACUACGAGAAAACUCAGAGUUGUUAAAUAAAUUGCAAGGUCUAAACUAUAGUUACACAUGGGCUUGCCGUGCCAAUGUGGAUCGAUUUUUGAUUAAACAAUGUCUAGAGCUUGUGAGGGGCAACAUGAUGAAAUUGUACAACGAAUCAAAAUUUUGCGGCGGCUGGAAUGAUAGGAGCAAGUUACAAAUAUUGAGUGCCAACUCUAACUUCUACUUUUUGAUAAUAGAUAGCACAGAUUGUUUAGUUGGCUUCAUUUGUUAUCGUUUUAUCGCAAUUCACGAGUGCCAGCCCAUUACCCCUGUUUGUUACAUAUUUGAAAUACAGCUCAGGAGCGAUUGUUGCGGCAAUGGAGUUGGACAAUUACUUAUAAAAUUGGCUCAAAAAGUAGCCAACAAAUAUAAGUUGAGUAAAGUUAUGUGCACCUGCAUAAAAUCCAACACCAGGGCACUAAACUUUUACUACAAAUGCGGGUUUACAGCAGAUGCCAGCGACCCCGAUACAUGUUACAAAACUAUAGGUUCACAGGGACCAGUGACGGUGGGGGAGGCCUGCUAUAAGAUUCUUAAGCUAUGA